AUGGUAAACACGUCAAUGUUUCUUCAAGUCCCGCAACUAAAUAACAUUACGGUUGGUCACGUGGCUGAAUUUAACUGGGGAUAUCGUCUUAGUGAUCAAGACAGAAACUUAGUCAAAGCGGUGCAGUUUAGUUGUCCAACUUACAAGCAUCACAAGCAUAGGAUCCUGUGGAGGAAUGACAGCAACGGAAUUCAGUCCACUGAUCAAGAAUAUGCUAAUCGUCUGCUAGUGUCACACGAAACCAAAGUCGGCAAAACACAAAAUUACCAUCACACGAAACAUUGCAGUUUUAAACUGUGUAACGUCACUCUUCAAGAUGAGAGAUAUUACGAAAUUAAAAUUGAGGUGGGAAACACAAGGAAACAUUUAAAAAGUCAAGUGUUUCUUACAGUUAAUGAGUAUCCACGAAUUGUGAGUUUCCCUCGAGUGAGAAGCCCCUAUAACGUGGGAGAACAACUCAAUCUUGUGUGUAUAGCUAAAGGAAAACCAGCUCCAAAGAUAAACUGGAUCAGAAAUGGACGAAUAAUACCAGAUAAAACUGAGCGUCUUUAUCAUGUUAAGGAAGUGUCAGUGUCGGAUGCGGGGGUUUACUCAUGUCGUGCAUCUAAUCAGCUUGGUAGUGUUACCAGCCCAGGGGUUCAUGUACAUGUACAAUAUGCCCCCACGAUUAUUUUUCCGUCGGAGACUCGGACUGUGUUGUCAUGGAAAGGAAAUCCAACCAGACUGGAAUGUGUCGCUGUAGGAUACCCUGCUGCAGCGUAUUCAUGGGAUCGAGCUGGAAGCAACCAACUGAUCAAGGACGAAGAGUUUGGCAACGCCAGUGUGUUGACGAUUACUCCGUCAGCAGAUUCCGAUUUUACAAACUAUACUUGCAUCGCCAAAAACUUAAUUGGCCAUGACAGCGCAAUGUUUUUGCUAAAGCCUAUUAGUCCACCAAGCCCUCCAAUCAUCACAAAUAUCGACGUCAAUUACAAUGCCAUCAAAUUGACGUGGGAAAUUCCGCCCUCUAAGCAAGGUACUCCAAUCACAGGACACGUCCUUCAAAUACAGAAUAAACAAGCCCAGUUCAAAAAGUGGGAAGAUUUCAAAUUUAGCGCGAAGAGCAAUUAUUUUAUAUUGAGAGAUCUGAAAAAGGGAACUCAUUAUGGUGUGCGUUUGUACGCCACUAAUGUGGCUGGAAACAGCAACGUGUCAGAGGAAAAGCAAGUGAAAACGCCCAUAGAAGGUCGUCCAGCUAUUCCACAGCUCCAUUUCACUGACGUCAGAAUCAAUCACACACGUUUCUUGGUCACGUGGGAUUAUCCUGAUGAUAAUGGUGGAGCGGAAGUGAUCAUGUUUACUGUGUGGUACCGAGCAGUAAGACCGACCAACAGCACCAUGGCGGGCAAAUGGGCAGCAAUAAAUGUCACAUACAACAGAUGCUUACUCAAGCUUAACUGCUGUUUAACUUACGAGCUUAUGGUGACAGCCUGGAACAGAAAUGGUCCAAGUUUUACUGAUCCUGAUAACGCAGCCAGAAUCACAGUUAUAGGAGGUAUUCAUGUGUACCAUUCACAUAGUUAUCGUCGUGUUAUUUGGAGUACUUAA